AUGAAUGACAUUUCAACUUCACCAACAACGGCAACUAAAAUACCAGCAACAACAAUAGCAGCAACAAUAACAACAACAACAAUAACAACUGCACCACCACCAACAACAACAACAACAACAGCAACAGUAGCAGCAAAAACAACAACAACGACAAAAGCAUAUGGUUCAGGAAAGAAUGUGCAAAAAGUCAUUUCAUCACAUUUAAAAAAUUCAAGAUUAUAUAAAACUGAGCUCUGUCGAACAUGGGUGGAUUGUGGACGAUGUAAUUAUGGUGAUAAAUGUCAGUAUGCUCACGGUGAAGGAGAUAGAAAGCCAGUACAAAGGCAUCGCAAAUAUAAAACUGAAUUUUGUUUAUCGUUUCAUCAAGUUGGUUAUUGUCCAUAUGGACCGAGGUGUAAUUUCAUUCAUAAUGAAGAGCAAUCACAAAUUGGACGUAAUCAAAUUAAUUGCAAUGGAAACAAUAAGAUGAAUGUUAGUAAUUGUAGCAGCAAUAAUAGUAACAAUGAUCUAACAGCAACAACAACAACAACAGCAACAGUAACACCAACAGCAGCAGCAGCAGGAGCAGCAACAAUAACAGCUGUUACAGCAACAGCUACUACAACAUUAACAUUUGGUAUUUGGCAACCAUAUUGUAAUUCAAUGGGUGAUUCACCAGCUCCUAGUUCAGCUUGUUCCAGUACUGAUAGCUCUAUUGGUUCAGCAAGUCCAAGUGUAGAUUUUGAUGAGAAUAUUUGCUCUGCUAUUGUUGCAACUAAUGGUUGGAAUACAUUUGGUACCAAAUUUAACAAUAAUAAUAUGUAUCAUUUUAAUUGGCCUUCAACAAUAGCAAUAGCAACAACAGCAACAACAACAACAACACCACCACCAUUACCACCAUCACCACCACCAGCACGAACAACAGUAACAACGACAGCAGCUGUGACGACAACAGGAACAGAGACGGUGACAGUGACAACUGCUCAAGCGUUACCACUUCAAACACAGCCAAUACUUGAUUCAGCACUUUUCAACGAUUUACUUGAGCUAACAAUUGAUGAGAAGAAAACAAAGAAGAAAACAAUUAUCACGAAAACAGUAAGUGAUAGUACUACUGUGACAUGUGCAUCAUCCGGUCGUCUACCGGUUUUUGUUCAACUUAGUAAUCCAUCAUCAGCAUCAUGGAAUAAGUGGUUUGAAUUAUUAUCUGAUGAAUAA